ACGUCAUCCGAACCUCCUUCAUUUACACCGACCGUCGACGAAGGCUACUUUGUCGGGGUUAAGUGGACAUUUUGAGGUUUGUAUUUUUUAGGUAGGUGUGUUAGAGUUGUGCGGGCCGACAUGGAUGAUUUUGAUAUGCUCAGCGCGCCUCAGAACAGCGCGGGAAAUGGCGUCGGUGCCGAGGAGGAGGACCCCGCCGCGGCGUUCCUCGCGCAGCAGGAGAGUGAGAUCGCGGGCAUCGAGAAUGAUGAAGGCUUCAGCAUCCUGGACAGCGGAGAGGUUCCUCCGGGUCUCGCCGACACCACCGAUGGAGCACUGAAUGGAGAUCUGCAUGAGACUAAUGGCCCCUCUGACCUGUACGCUGCCAUCUCCAGCGCUGACCGCAUGCAGACGGAGCCUGAAAGUCUGCGCAAAUGGAGGGAGGAACAACACGAAAGACUGGAGGCACUGGAUGAGAACUCCCGUCAACAGGAAGCGGAGUGGAAGAAGACCGCGAAGGAGGAGUUGGAGGAGUGGCACGCUCGACAAGAUGAGCAACUUGCUAAGACUAAAGCCAACAACAGGGCGGCGGAGGAGGCGAUCCUCUCGGAAGCGGGUGACAGCAGUCCCGGGACGGAGUGGGAGCGCGUGGCGCGACUCUGUGACUUCAACCCCAAAUCCAGCAAACAGGCCAAAGACGUGUCCCGCAUGCGCUCGGUCCUCAUCUCGCUGAAACAGACCCCGCUCGUCCGCUAGAACGCACACGCGCAUGCUCGUAUACAAACAAGCCGGAAGUACUACACCUCUCAGCAUCCCUGUGGGCCGCAUCACUUCCUGUCUGCGCCCACUGAAGUAUCCUCGAUGUUAAAUAUAUCCAUGUAUCAUCACAUCUCUUCUCUCUCUCAGAUAUUAACAAAACGUCUCCCAGCAGCCCCUGGGGCAGAGCUCUUCUCUGAGUAAUGAGAUGUGUUUGUGUUUAUACACACACCCACACACUUCAUCUAUAAAUAUAUCCAUAUGUAGUAAUAAUAAUAAUGAUCUUCACCUUAUUGUUUGUUUUUAUGGACCAAAUUCCAGCGUCAUGUUUCCAUUUACGUGUGUGUGUGUGUGUGUGUGUGUGUGUGUGUGUGUGUUAUCCAAUCUAUGCAGGAAUGAAGUAUAAACUGUGGUGGUGUUUUUGUUUGCUGUGUGUGUGUGUAUGUGUUAAAGACCGGACCAGUGUACACUUCAGCUAGUUGUUCAGAACGGCACCUUGAUUCUUGUUUGUUUGUUUUUUUUCUUGAUUCUGAUUAAACGUGGAUGAAACUUGCA